AUGCAAAUCUUCGUGAAGACCCUGACCGGCAAGACCAUUACCCUCGAGGUCGAAUCCUCCGACACCAUCGAGAACGUGAAGCAGAAGAUCCAGGACAAAGAGGGUCGUUUGAUCUUUGCUGGCAAGCAGCUCGAAGACGGUCGUACUCUGGCCGACUACAACAUCCAGAAGGAGUCCACCCUGCACCUGGUCCUCCGGCUCCGUGGAGGUGGGAAGAAGACCAAGUGCUGCUUCGGCGAGUGCUCCAAGAGAGCAGUGCUCAUCACAGGCGACUGCCGCCAUUGCCAGCUCCAGUUCUGUGGCAACCACCGCCUGCCCGAGAGCCAUGCUUGCCAGAACAUGGAGAGCUGCAGGCAGGCCGCGUUCGAUAAAAACAAGAACAAGCUCCUCAGCGAGAAGUGCACCUCGCAAAAGAUCAACUUCUAG